AGGUCGUUGGGUGUUCUGGAUGUAGACACUCUUUCCCAAGCUCGUGCCGAGUUGGGUCGGUCUUCCGCAAAGUUAACAAAGGCAAGUCUAGGUCCAAGCCAAGGGGCCGGUGAUGUUCGCAGCUGUGAUGGGGAUGGAGAUCACGCCCGCGAUGAGCCUCGUGUCGUCCUGGAUUUGUUGGAGGAAGCAGUUAUCUACAAACCCAAAGGCUGGGAGGUGGAGCCCACAGCUGGCUGUGCCCACAAACAGCUUUCUGACUUUGUGCAGCAAACGAUGCCGGAAAAUGUGAUGAACUCCGACGCAACAAAUUCCUAUGGUUUCUUGCAUCGUUUGGAUGUGGUGACCAGUGGUCUGGUUCUGAGGGCAAAGAACUACAGGGCCUACCACAAUCUGGAUUUUCAGCUAAUGGAGGGCAGCAUUGAUCGAGAGUAUCAAGUUCUUUGUCAUGGCUUCUGGUCACGAGUUGCUUGUUGCUUGGACUUGCCCGUCUUUGCCUUGAAGGGUGCUGUGACUCGCCGGAGCCAAGUGGCGACACCGGGAGCACGUCCGGCGAGGAGUGACGUCAAGGUCUUAUCCCAUUUGAGUUUUGGAUCGAGAGCUCUCAGCUUUGCUCAUAUAUCCAUCCAGACAGGACGCCGCCAUCAGAUUCGAGCCCAAGCAGCACAUGUCGGCCAUCCUGUAGUAUCUGACAGCUUUUAUACGACUCCAAGCACCUUUGCUGACGACCAGACACUAUCUGCUGAUUGCUUCCUCCAUCGCUACCGCUUGUCCUUCACCGAUAUGUCGGGCGUGCGGCGAGAAGUGUUUAUGCCUCUUCCUCCUCACUUAUCUGCUGCUUUGAAGUCAGCAGAAGCGAAAGACCCACGGAAUGCUGAUUUGCGUUUGAAGCCAAAGAGCUUUGCAGAAACCAAAGAAUUUCGCAGACGGGGCAGGGAUGCCUCUGCUACGACGUUUCUUUUUGGCAGUUUUCAGAGCCAGAAGGACCACAAUGUUUUUGGUGAAGAGGUCGAAGAGUGGAACUCAGACUGUCCUCCGUUUUUGCCCGAUGGUCGCUCACACAAGCAUGGUUUCUGCCGAAAACUCGACCCAGUGAAACAGGAUUUCUAUCCUCCGGCAAAUCCGGAGCCACGGCCGGGAGUUCAGCCGACAGCUUCUCCAGCUUCUCCCCAAAAACCAAGAGUUCCCGUUGAAAAGCCUCAAGUUCCCUUUGAGCUUCCUGCUCAGACUAUACGAGAGGAGCAAAAACUUGUGGUGCAGGAACCUCAAGUACCAUUCACAGCUCAGAGUCCCCAGAAAACUCAGGCGACUGAGGCGACACUGAGGAUGACGAGACAACAACACAAAGAGAUGAAACAUAAAGAUAAGAUCGAACCGCCAUUUGUAGGUCCGGAGGCUGCAGAAGAUGUAUCUCCACCGCCAUCCGCAGCACGACCUGCACCACCUGUGGAAGUUGACCCUGGUGAACCCCGGCCACCACUCAUUGUUGAGCAAAAAACUUCAGCACCGAGCAAAGGCCCAGAGAUUGGAAUUGUUGAAGAUGACCCAUCCCCAGAGGAAGAGUUGCUGGAAGCUGACCCAGAGGCAAAGAAGCUUUUGAACAAGCUGACCGAGGAGGGUGUGCAGCUGGAGGAGCAGAAAGCGAUGGAGCAAUUUCUGCCGAAGAAUCCGCCUGGAACGCCAAAGCCGGAAGACCAAGAACCCUUUUGGCCACCGCGUGGUGGAACUGCACCUCCAAUGCAACCGAUCCCUCCAAGGCCUGGAGAGGCCGAUUACAACUAUGGCUGGACACCUCCAGCAGGACGCGUGCCUUACAGCCCGCCUUGGCCCGGUGGUGCUCCGCUCACUGCUGUCGAUCGCGCUGAGGCUGUCGCAGCUGAAGUGGGAAAUGAAGCCAGUGCUGCAGCACAUUCGGUGGAGGAUGCUGCAGAUGCCCUGCUCAACACACCCAUGUGACGGAGAGGAAGCUGGCGGAGAAGAUCAGCCAUCUGAGCACUUGAACAUGCACGAGAAGGCUACAUGAGAAGUCUCAGAAGACCUCGAGCAGUUUCAAGUCCCAAUUGAGAAGGGCAAAUGGGAGAAGGACGUUCAGUUUUUAUGCCGAAACAAGACUUUCGAUGCACAAAAGAACUUGCUCUUCAUCUGGCAAAGUCCAGCAGUGCUCAUCCCCCAAGGUGUAAAAUGGCUUGAGUCUCC